UGCGCCACGGCCGGAAGCGCGCGCGGAGAUUUGAAUUGGUUCCGUCACAGAAAGGCGGUUGGAGAGCGACCGCUCGGCCCCUCAGAGCCCGGCCUGCCCUGUCCUUGCUGCUAGCCGCCGCGGAGUCGCGCUCGGCCCGGGCCAGUCCAGUCCCCGUCGCUGCCCCCUGCGGAGCGGCGGACAAUGACCUCCAAGAACAUCAUGGGCAGCCGCUUGGGCUUCGGCUUCGGCAAAGCCGCCGUGUCCAAGGCGGACGGCGACGUGGAGAGGCUACGGAAGGAGAACGCGUUGCUGAGGAGGUCCAUGGAGGAGCUGAGCAAAGGGCGGUCGUGGGAGAGGGAGAGGAACCGGCUGCUGGAGAAAAUUCUUGCUCUUGAAACUACAAAACAAAAGCACAUCCAAGAACUUGAACAGAAAGAUAAGCAGAUUCUGUCUUUGAAAGAUCAACCGUCAAAAUCAGGUGGGAAAGAGGUGACUAGUCUACGUAACCAGCUUGCAGAACAAAAUACAGAUGCCAAAAAGAAGGAGCAACUCUUCAAGUCCUUGAGUGAGGAAACUGAAAAUCUGAAAAAUGAAUUGUCUGCAAUCACUUUAAAAUGUAAAGAACUUGAAAACAAAGUUCCAACUCAUCAACCCUCGAGCCAAGUUGCAUCAUCACAAGAAUUUAGAACUGUUGAAGCCCAACUGACAGAUGCUCUUGAGAAAAACCAGCAAUGGCUAGUUUAUGACCAACAACGAGAGGCCUAUGUUAGGGGGCUGCUGGCCCGGAUAUUUGAGUUGGAGCAGGAAACUAGAAAACCUUGUGAUACCAACGCAGCAAGUCAACUGUCAGAAGAUAAACAGAAACAAUAUGAGCAACUAAUUUUAUCUGCUAAAAAUGGUUUUGAAGUACAACGUGGGAUUGCAGAGGGACUCAAGUUGGAGCUUUCUGAUUUGAGAAAGCGUUAUGAAGAGAAGAAUUUGGAAGUCAAGGCCAUAAGUAUCAAAUUACAGACAGAACAAGGCUGCAACCAAUGGAAGGCUGAUGAAGAAAGGAAGCGUUCAGCUGAAAAGAUGCAGAGACUUCUAAUGGAAUUGGAGACCUUAAAAGCCCAAUAUGAAGAGGAGAAAAAAAGAUCAACUGACCUCUUGUAUCAGAUCCAGCUCCUUCAAAGGUCCUCCAUAAACCAACAAGAAGAACAAUCAAGAAAUAGAAUAAUGGAACAACAGAUGCAGAACAUUUCCUCAGACUUUGAAAAUGAGAAACAUGAACGUCAAAAUCUGCAGCAUCAGUUACACAAAGUCUUGAAAGAGCUGCGCAAGGCACGAGAGCAAAUCGCGAGGCUUGAGAAUACUCAAAUAGAAGACAACCGCCACCGAGAGCCAGUGUUGAACAGAAACAAUGAAGAUGAAGAGAAAGUAAAUUUUCCAAAAUACAAAAAUCAUCUUGAUGAGAGCUUCCUGGAAUGUCCCAAGUGUAAAGCUCAGUACCCCACCAGUCGGCAUCGUGAUCUGCUGCAGCAUAUUGAUGAUUGCAAUAACUAAAAUCCAUGUCUUUUUUAUUUUCUCCAGCUUCACUCUCAAAGCUUGCAAUCGCAAAGAUCUGGCAGGGGAUUUUUUGGGACAUUAGAUGGGUUUGAUUAUUAGAAUAUAUACAUGCAUGGUUGAGCUCCCUGCGAUUGUUUAGCUUAUUGCCUUUUUUUUUUUGCAAUGGCUAUGGAAUUGAACUCCCUUCUUGAAAUGGUCUAAGUGGGAAAAUUUAUAGUUUAUCAUGCCGAAAAAUAACAUAUAAAUACCUGCAUUUAUAAAUAUGUCAGAACAUUUCAGCUUUGAUGCACGAUCUUUUAAUCUCAUUAAUGCUUCCGCCCUAUUAGUCUGAAAAUCUCGAACUGCCAUCAUUUCUGUGGUUAUAGCAAGCUGAUAAGGCAAAGUAAAAUUGGGGAAAUGGAUGUCAUGUUAUGGCCAGAGUUCUGCUUCACUGAAUAAUUAAGCACUCCAGAGUUUGCUGCCAUUCAUUAAUAUAUUCCUCAGUAGAACAAAGGAGCAUUUAAAAUUUGCUUCCCCUUCCCCCCCCUCUGCAUUUGGUUAUUGAUUUGCACUUGAAAGUAUAACUGUGAAAGAAUUCACAUUGCUUGCCGUGAGUACGUUUGCUCAAAUGUGUAGUUUUAUGCAUUAUUUUUAUACUUGGGAAUAUAAUGUUUUGAUGAAAUAAAUAUACUGCUCCUUAAUAGUUUAUUGUAACUUAAAGCUGCAAUUCUUUUCCUCCGUAAACCUGUUCAACUUGGACACCAAAAGUACAUUCUUUUAAGAAUAUUGAUGUUCCUUCACGGUUCCAUUCUUUAAAUCUGCUGACCAAGCAAGGUGAAAUGAGAACCACAAAAGCCAGCUGCCUUUAUUGGUUAGUGGCUAUUUCAGAGCCUGAAUUUUGGAACCUUUUGGGUUUUUUUUGGGCCCUCAUGGUCAAUUAUGAUAUUUGGAAGUCUAAGAAUCAAGUUAUUUAAAAAACAAUUUGACGCUUUAUCCACUUACAGCCAAUUAUUUCACACAAUUGAACUUAUCAGAGAUGUUUGAGAGUUCUAAAUAUGAAGUGACCAUGGUUCAACAACCAUACAUUAACCUUUUGUUCAAUUAGUUUUGUCAGAGAAUGAAUGACGAUUAGAUUACCAAAUGCAAUUGUUUCAAAUGUCUGGUUUUAUUGCAGGAAGCACUGAGAUGGAAAAAAAUUACUGCAGCUGUUUUCAAGUUACAGGAAAAUAUUAUGACAAAGUACUGGAUAAAUACUACUGUUGAAAGUAUUCUAAUUAUUUUAGAACAAUUUGUUAGAAGAUGUGUGCUUUUUAGAAUGUUUAUUUAAAUGUUCCUUUGGAUUAGGAUAUAACGUAAAAUCUUUUGGGUAAAGGAUUUGUGAAAAUUAAAUGAUGCCGGUUCCUCUUUCCAUAUUCUGAAUGUUUUUCUGUUCAGAAAUGCACUGUUAUAUUAUGAAAUGCAUCAUAAUUUGAAUCUGUUCUACUUUGCACUGUACUUUAAGCCUAAAAUGGGCAAACGGGUAGGACGAUUCAAGUUUGGCCUCCAUCCAUGUGUGUCCUGCAGCGCCAGACCACAGAAACUUCCUUCCAGAUCUUUGAACUUUUACUUUACAGUAAUUUUGCAAAUAUUUUUAAAAGGUCUGUAUUUAAAUUUUGUCAAUGAUCUAUUAACAGCCUAUGUACUAUGAUGCCAACCAAUUGCUAAAGUUAAAGUAUUUUUGAGCCCGUCACAACAAAUGGCCUAAUGGUGCUUCCUUGCACAAUAUUGUUGGAAUGUGCCUGGUCUCGAACAUCAUUCCAGGGAACAGCUAGGAUAAUAAAAUAGGGAGGGUUUGCUGGUGGGAAUUGUGAUUUUCUAAUACACUGAAAUGACCCACUUUAUUCUAACUCCAAACACAUUUUCAGAUACCUCAUGAAGUUUCUCCUCUCAACGCGAAUAUAGUGCUACUAAAUUAGUUUGAAUACUGAUAUUUGAGUUCAAACCAGGAACCUCUGAAAAUUAAGAAUUUUUACAAAACUUAAAUUAUUUAGGUGAAGUCAGACGGGUUGUAUAAAGUUUAUACGUAAAUUUUCUACUUUUUAGCUAUUUGUCUAUUUUUAUAACUAUAUAUACUUGUAGUAAAAGGUUUCACCCUUUUUGAUUUCUUUGUGCUUGGGGUAAUGUUUAUUUGUAAAACAUAAUAUUGACAGUGCAUUUUUAUGUAACUUUUUAAAUAAAUAUCAGAUUUAAUAAUU